AUGAAACAUUUUCGCGCCAUAGUUUAUUACAACUUGCAGAGACGAUUAUCGCAACAAGAAUGCCUUGCUGUGUUACUGUCUGUUUUCGGCAACGAAGCGCCACAUCAGUCGACAAUUUCCCGUUGGUAUGGAGAAUUCAAACGUGGACGGGUGAGUCUUAGCGACGAUCACAGGGUGGGUGCACCUAAAACGGCAGUCACCCAGGAAAACGCCGAUGCUGUGCGCAAACUCAUCAUUGAAGAUAGACAUGUGACAUAUAGCGGGAUUGAGGCAUCCUUGAAGAUCUCAAAGACCUCAAUUCAAAAAAAUUUACAUGAAGAAUUAGGAGUAAGAAAAUUAGUUUCUCGUUGGAUACCCCACCUGUUGACUGAAGAGCAGAAAGCAGCCAGGGUUAAUUGGUGUCAAAAAACGUUUGACCGUUUCUCAAAAAAUGUGUACAGCAUUGUUAGUGGUGAUGAAUCGUGGAUUUACUGUUAUGAACCAGAAAAUAAACGACAGUCGGCUGUUUGGGUGUUCCAAGGUGAAGAAAAACCAACAAAAAUCAUCCGUUCUCGAAGUGUUUCGAAUAAGAUGGUCGCGACAUUUGUGUCAAAAGCGGGUCAUAUUGCAACAAUUCCUUUUAAUGAGCAAAGAGCUGUUACUGCGGAUUGGUAUACCACCAUUUGUUUGCCAAAAGUCAUCACCGAGCUUCGAAAAAUCAACCCCGAAAGAAGAAUCACCCUCCACCAAGACAAUGCAAGCUCGCACGCAGCUCAAAGAACAAGGCAGUGUUUAACGAAAGAAAACGUGGAAUUAUUGGACCAUCCUCCAUAUAGUCCCGAUCUAAGUCCCAACGAUUUCUUUACUUUCCCGAAAAUUAAAAAUAUAAUGCGUGGUCAAACGUUCCAGUCACCAGAAGAAGCAAUGUGUAUUAAUCUUCGUGGAGAAUACUUCGAAAAACAAUAAAGUCAUUUAAAACUAUCUACCCUGCUGUUUUAUUUCCAUAUGCAAAACUUAAAAGACAUCCCUCGUAUAUAUAUAUAUAACAAAAUGUAGGAAAAUAAUGGAAAAAAUCCGCAAAAAGGAUGAAAG